GUAUUGCAGGGAGGGCCGUACAUGUUUCAGCUGGUAGACUGGUAUGUAUUCUCCCUUGGACCAAUGGUGAUAUGUACACUUGAGUGUAUCGCCGUGUCAUGGAUCUAUGGAAUGAGACGGAUCAGUCAAGACGUUGAGAUGAUGAUUGGCAAGCCACUACCGAUGCCUGUAAAAAUCCUACGGGCUCUGGUUACACCGGUAAUCUUACUCAUCACUUUCAUCCUGACACUUCUCCGCUACCAGCCACCAACAUACGGCACAGUGUACGUCUUGCCUUGCGGCCUGAUGAUGAAUGGCGUCCUGCAAAUUCCAGAAGCCAGCAAGAUUACAGGAUGAAUCGACAAGAUAACAACCAACUAACAAGACUAUCCUCGUUUUGCUGUUCAAACAAUAAGGCCUAACAUUGGUGUUUCAAUCUGGCCUUUAUUGUACUCAAACGCAGUAUUCCAUUUUAAUACACACUGUAAUACAAACUAUCACAAAUAACCCUUUCACAGUUAUCAAAAAUACAUCAA